AUGAGGAAUCUUCUGGGCCUCGGUAGUACAGGACGCAACCUGAAUUCAUGUGAUCCUUGAGGCCUGUGUUCAUGGGGCUCUUUACUCCCGGGCCAUGCCCUACCACAGGGUGAAUUCUGAAUUCAAGAUAUUGAAAACACAACAUCAGAACGUGAUGUCAGACCUGCGGACAUUGCCCAAGGAGUUAAGUGGGGCCUUUCUGAGGUGCAAGAAGCUGUCUGAGGAGAACAAAUCCUGCCGCAUCUGUCACAGCCGGCUCCUGAGUGAGUGGACUCAGCUGAAGCAUGAAGUGAGCAUCCUGACGAAGGAGAACAGAAGGCUGCUGAGGAAGCAGACUCUUCUGCAGCAGUGCUGUGAGGAGGGAAAGAGGAUCUGUGAGGAGGCCCGUGAGACGAUCAAUAGCCCCCGGGCCAAGCAGCAGCAGGAACAGGAAGGAUUGGAGGAAAGACUGGAGGACACAACGAAGCAGAAAGAGCUGGUCACCCAGCAAAGGGAUUUGGCAGAAAAGAGCCAACAUCACUUCAAUGACUCUGAGAUGAGGACUCAAAAACUCCAGUGUGAGCAGGAACAUGCCACAGCCCAGGAUGCGAGCGCCCUGCAGACAGAGCUGCUGGAGGAGGGUCACUGAGUGUACCAGG